AUGACGGUUCAAAAAAUAGUGAUCCGGCAAUAUACAAUCGACGACGCGGUACCACAGCCGUUAUUACAAAACAAUAAUUCAUCGAAUCGGUUAGCGGAGUUCGCCGGCGGAACGACGGCGGAGUGCGCCGCCGUGUGCUGUUGUUUUCCGUUAUCGUUGGUGAAUUUACUAGUUUUAGCGGUGUACGGUAUUCCGGCGGGACUAUGCCGGAAAUUGUUGAGAAAGAAACGGCGGCGUAAGCUUUUGAAGAAACGGCUGUUGAUCGGAGCCGGCGACGAUGAGGAUGAUCUUUCUCGGAGCAGUUUUGGUUAUGAGUACGAGCCGGUGGCGUCGACGGCGAGGUUUUUGGUGAGGCCGGUGGAGGUAAGGGUUUGUGAUGAUCGGGAUGAUGACGUGAUUGAAAAGGAUGAUGACGUCAUGGUGUUUGAGAAUGAAAUGUGGGAGAGAUUUUACGGAACGGGGUUUUGGAGAAGCGGUUCACGGAGAGUUGAUUGA